UGGCUCUGUUGCCUUUUGAAGUUGCCCGUUAACGCGGAUUUUAUGGGGCUCUCUUUUCCUGUGUGUUGGAUGGGGGCGUUCUUUAUUUUUAUUAAGCAUACUCUUGCGUAUUGCGGUGACAGGGGGUGUAGCGACUUAACCAAAUAAGGUGGGUUAUAUGCACAUAGUUGCUCAACUUUUCUCCUUUGCUACAAAGACGCAAUUCAGCUGCUGUGUGCGUCCGUGAAACAGAUACAUAGUUUCUGUUUAUUUCAUUGUACAUUUGUACACGGUGGUAUUAUUUGUAAACGUGGAUAUAUUACACGCUUUUACUGCGCCGUGGGACCUCUGACACCAGCGUAUGUGAAAAGACAGAGUUUCAUUCAAACUACCGACAGUGGGAUCGCUCUUCUUUAUGUGGUGCAUAUAAGCCAGCCACGGUGGAUGCUGGCUCCCGUUGCUGCACGUGGGCUGCGGUCAUCAGCUUUGUAACAGAGACAAGUGGCUCUCCCUCCCUAAGAGUUUCCCUGCCCUGCCCCAUCUAUCAUGGAGGCCAUUGCGAAAUAUGACUUUGACGCCACAGCCGAGGAUGAGCUCAGCUUCCGGAAGGGCGACAUUCUGAAGAUCCUGAGCAGUGAUGAUCACUGGUACAAGGCGGAGCUGCAUGGACAUGAGGGAUUCGUGCCCAAAAAUUACACAGAAAGGAAGGUACCCAGUUGGUUCCAUGAGACCGCCAGUCGCUCCACUGCGGAGGAGCUGCUGAUGUCCCGCACUGUGGGCUCCUUCCUCAUCCGCGGCAGCCAGAGUUCUCCGGGGGACUUCUCCAUUUCUGUCAGACACCACUGUGAUGUGCAGCAUUUCAAAGUGAUGAAGGAAAAGAAAGGCAGCUACUUCCUGUGGACGGAGAAGUUCACCUCCCUGAACAAGCUGGUGGAGUACUACAAGACCAACUCCAUCUCCAAGCAGACUCAGAUCUUCCUGAGGGAGGACAGGCCAAGCGAGCCGAUCCCACCCAUGCACCAUCAGGGGAAGAGGGGAAGCGGCCCUGAGGGGAGGAGUUACCACUACGACGGCCUUGGAGGUUCCCCGUCUUUCAGGAACUUUAACACCAUACCCCCUGUUCAGCAGCCCAGGAGGAAUAAUAUGGAGGAGAGAGCUCACACCAUCGGGGCAGUGGGGAGGAGCAGUCCCUUUGGCCCCGCCCCUGUGCCCCGCCGGGCCUCUGACACCAUGGCACUGACACAGAGGUCCACCAAGCAAGUGAGAGCGCUGUACGACUUCAUGGCGGAGGAGGCGGACGAGCUGGGCUUCUGCGCCGGGGAAAUCCUGGAGGUUCUCGACUGGUCCGAUCCGUCGUGGUGGAAAGGAAGACUGCAGGGCAGGACUGGCCUCUUCCCAGCCAACUACACCAUGCCCAUCUGAGUAGUGCUGGUGGUUCUUCCCUGCCUUCGGGACCAUGGUUAACAUAUAAGGUUUCAGAAAUUUACCACUAAGGAUACGGUUGCCAGAGAUAAACAGCACCGAAGCUGUACAUACUGACAUAUUUUGUUGUUUUUUUCAAUCUAAGCUAAAUGAGGUCUACAAAUUGCAGUGGUGAUACCUUUUGUGUAAAAACCUGUGAAACUCAGUGGUCCAGUUUACAGUGGAUCAGAGCAGAUUCUCAUUCAAGCAACUACAUCCAUUUGCUGAGACACAUUUAAUGUACAGCUCUAGAAAAAAUUAAGAGACCACAACAAAAUAUUUAGUUUCACUCAUUUCGCAGUUUAUGGGUCUGUGUAAAUUUUUAUUUUUUUUUUUUUGCAAACUACAGCCUGGCUCUUCCCUGCUUCUCUUUGAUGAAGGGCUUCUUCCUUGCUUUAUGGGUCUUCAGUCCUGCUUCUAGGAGUCUGAUACGAACUGUCCUAGCAGUGCACUUCACAGCUGCACUUAAUGUCUCCCAUUCCUCCUGAAGGUCAUUUGAGGUCAUCCUCUGAUUUAUCAGGCACUGCCGGAUGAGUUGACGGUCAUCACAGACAUUAGAAUGUCGCUUCCUCCCUCUGCCUGGCUCGUUUUUGGUCAUUGCCAGUGUCUCCUGCUUCACCUUGUUCUUGUGUACUGCUGUCUUAGAAACUUUGAGCCUGGAAGCAGCCUGCCUCACAGUGUAGCCUUCUGCCUGCAGAUCUAGGGGCCUGUACUAUGAAGCGAGGUUACUGGCUUAUCAGGCUAACUUGUCAGAUUUAAGGUAGUUUGGGCAAAAUGUAAAUGAACGAAUAUGAAGUCCAUUUAAACUGUGGGACCUUAAAUCCGACAAGUUACCCCGAUAAGCCAGUAACACAGCUUUGUAGUACAGGCCACUGGAUUAAAACAGGAUUUAACAAUGCAGAUUUAUUUUUUUUAAAAACAGUGGUCUCUUGAUUUUUUUCCAGAGCUCUAUAUAUGAACAUAAGAAAUUGGGAGCAAAACCGGCUCUGAAAAAACAACAGGAAACAGAAGGCUGCCUCUUACCAUUUCACACUCCAUCAGUAAUAUAACUGAUUUAAUGUAUGAUAGAUAUUUUCCAUCAUCAUAGGCAAUCCUACGGUAAAUUUUAAAAUGUAAAACACACAGAAAGAAAAUUAAGUUAAAAUACACAGAGAAACGGUACAUUUUACAUCGCAAUGAGCUGUCUAACGCCGUCGUCUGCAAGUCAACCGAGAAGUGACACUGAUAAGCAGAAACAAUCCCCCGUGUAUGUGAACAUACUUGGCCAAUAAACCUAAUUCUGAUUUUAAA